GAUUCGACGACCACCCACAUGGGGCACGAGCAUGGCAAGCCAGACACAGAGACACAGAAGCGAGAGAGGUGAUUUCGCAUCUGGCCUCGGUUAGCCGGACGCUCAGGGGUAUAUCAGGUAUUUAAUUUAUAUAUGCAUCUCUCCCGGGGCUAGUCAACGGGCAUAGAUCCAGAUGGAGCAAGAUCCACGAUCGAUAGAAGAACCAUAAUAUAGGACAGCGCGUGCACGCGGUGGCUCGAGAUGGGAAGGUGGGCGGUAUGCAAGAUCAUAACACUGAUCGAGUGACGAAUGUUAAGCUUGGAUUUUCCGUCCGUGUGAGCCUGUUGAUGAUUGAUUGAUUACUGUAUAGAUAAGUACCAGUGGCUUGCUUUUCGAGUUUUCGAGAAUCUCCAGCAGCCAACUGCAACAGGUUGUGACUUACUUCGUACCCCGAGAGUCUCCGUCUCCUUCGUUGCUAAUCAUGCAACUCAUCUCCAUUCUCGCCUCUUUGCUGGUUCUGCCCACCCUCACUUUUGCUCUUGCCAUUUCGGAUACGACUAACUCUGCUCUGUCUGCAUUCGGCAAGCGCUCUACUGUAUCUGAUAUCUUGACAGAUAUUGAGGAUGCUGCGAGCUGUACAGCUUGUGAGGCUUUGUUGGUGAUCCUGAAGGUUCUGGCACAUACCGGGAAUGACAACUUCGUGGAUGUGAUCACGGAGAUCUGCAUUCUUGCUGGGGUUGAUGACGAUGAUGUCUGCAAAGGAGCUAUUGCUCUCGAAGGGCCAAUUCUUGCUCACGAUCUUCGCGUCAUGACAAUCGGCACUCGUACUUCAGAGCUUUUCUGCUUGACUGUCUUCGGGCUCUGCCAGUGGCCAAAUGUUGAGGCGUACACUGUCUCAAUGACCGACAAGCCGGAUACCAGUCGUCCUGCAGUCAGCGGGAAGACUCCCAUCCAAGUCGUUCAUAUUUCCGAUAUUCAUGUGGAUCUCAGCUAUGAGGUUGGUGCAAGCUAUGACUGCACGAAGAACAUCUGCUGCCGGCCUUAUACUUCUGCUGAUGCACCUGGCAAUAAUUCCUACCCCGCUGGAGAAUAUGGAGAGCCAACAUGCGAUUCGCCUGUGACUCUUGAGGAAAGCAUGUAUGCUGCGAUUGAAUCGCUUGUCCCCAACAAGAGCUUCACAAUUUUCACUGGAGACGUCGUCGAGGGGGCAGUUUGGCUGGUCACUGAUACUGAAGUAACUAACGACCUCAAUGACGCAUAUACCAGAAUGAGCAGUAUCGGUCAGACCUAUGCUGUUGUUGGAAACCACGACUGCAGCCCUGUGAACUCAUUCCCUCCUGCAGCUGUCGACACCACGAUCACCUCUCAAUGGGCUUACGACACCAUGUCCUCGGACUGGUCGACUUGGAUUGGAGCUACUGCUGCGGCGGAGGCUGAUGACAACUACGGAUCCUACUCCGUCCUGACCGCUGGAGGUUUGCGCAUCAUCAGUGUCAAUACAAACUUCUGGUACAAGCAAAACUUUUGGUUGUAUGAAGCGACCAUGGAGAGAGAUCCAUCUGGUCAACUCGCUUGGCUUGUGACAGAAUUGGGAGCUGCUGAGACCGCUGGCGAGCGUGUCUGGUUGAUGGGCCAUAUGCCCUUGGGCUCAACAGACGCUUUCCAUGACCAAUCUCAAUAUUUUGAUCAAAUCAUUCAAAGGUUCCAUGCCACCAUCUCCGCAGUCUUUUAUGGCCACACCCACAAGGAUGAGUUCGAAAUCGCCUACUCGACUCCCGAAGCCCCAACAGCAGCGACUGCAAAUAUGGUGUCCUACAUUGCUCCAGCAUUGACUCCCACAUCUGGGAACCCAACUUUCAGAGUUUACUCCGUGGAUCCCGAAACCUUCGCCAUCCUCGACUACACGGUCUACUAUGCCAACAUCUCGUCUCCAACAUACCAAAGCGGACCUACAUGGGAGAAGCUCUACAGCGUCAAGGAGGCCUAUGGUAGCUUGUUGACACCCCCGGUCACCGACGCCGCAGCCGAGUUGACCCCUGAGUUCUGGCACAAUGUGACCGUUCUUUUCGAAGACGACGAUGAUGUGUACCAAGCUUGGUACGCCAGAAGAACCAGAGAUUACAGUGAUGCCACGUGCACUGGCACCUGUAAAAACACUUCAAUCUGUGAGCUGAGAGCCAGUCAGAGUCAAUACAAUUGUGGGACUGUGACUGCAGGAAUCAACUUCAAGCACAAGCAUAAGCGGGAUACCACCACGACCACCGACCACAGCGAGUGUGAAGGUUCAGCUAUCAUUCCUAUCAUGACUUCAUUCACGAGCACCGGGAUGGCAGCUUUCCAAAGCGCAUUGACAGAGACCAUGGGAGAGUCGUGGUUGAGUACGACGAUUCCUAGUAAUUAUACUGUGGCGGGAUGGAACUCGACGACUUCUUAAUUUCGUGGUAAUUUUAAUUUUUGAGACGAGUAUAGUAAUGUUGGAUCUCGAGUUUCCAUUAGGUCCUGAACUGAGCAAUUGUCGAGGACUUGUGCUCAUGUCUCCCCACGGUGUACUUUGGAUGAUAUUUUUUGACUGCCGAGCCGUGAU